UAUAAAAACACGACUCUUUUGCAACUACAAAAGAGAGAAAGAAACGAUACCGUUUUCCAUACAAGAUUUAAUAGAAAAGCACUUAUCAGUUAUAUACUGUUGUAAUAUAUACUAGAAUCUUCUAUAAAGCUAUAGCAUAUAGCUUCUGAAAGUCUCAUUUGACAUUGAGCAAUGGACACGAUCCAACUUCUUCUUCUUCUUCUUGUUCUGCUUCUCGUGACGUGUAAAGGUCACACCCAUGGCUCGCGGGCUAACCAAGCCAACACCCUAAUGUCCUUCCGUCGUUCAAGAAACCGAACCCAAGUCAACGAGGAGUGGAUCAGUGAACUGGAAUUCAGCAGUAGGAUUAAAAGCGACGAUAACGGGAGGAAGAUGGAGGAUGACUUAAUAGCAGGAGGGCUUCCUGGUCAGCCAUCAUCAAAACCAUUCAGAUUCAAACAAUAUGCAGGUUAUAUCAAUGUUGAUAGCUUCAAUGGUAGAAGCCUUUUCUACUACUUUGUUGAAGCUCUUCAUGAACCAUCUUCCAAACCACUUGUUCUUUGGCUUAAUGGAGGACCAGGAUGUUCGUCACUCGGGGUUGGUGCCAUGCUCGAGAUUGGACCGUUUGGUGUUAACCCUGACGGCAAAACGCUUUAUUCCCGAAGAUUUUCAUGGAAUAAAGUUGCAAAUAUAUUAUUCCUGGAGUCACCAGCAGGAGUUGGAUUCUCUUACUCCAACACAAGCAGUGAUUAUGACUUGUCUGGGGAUAAAAGAACUGCCGAGGACUCGUACGUUUUCUUGGUGAAUUGGUUCAGAAGAUUCCCGCAUUACAAGAACAACGACUUUUACAUAAUCGGAGAAAGUUACGCAGGAUUUUAUAUCCCGGAGUUGGCCGAUGCAAUUACAAAGAAAAAUAUGGAGAGCCAUUCUACGUCAAUCAUUAACCUCAAGGGUAUCAUGAUAGGAAAUGGAAUAAUGAACGAAGAUACGGACGAUAGGGGAUUUAGCGAUUACCUAUGGAGUCAUGCCCUGAUUUCGGACGAAACGUACAAGAAAUUAACAAGACAAUGUAUUAACGGUAACACGAGCAAGUACUGCAACGAUUUAGAGGAAGAACUCGGGGAAGAAAUCGGGAAUAUAGAUUUCUACAACAUCUAUGGCCCGACUUGUAUGCCAUUGCCCGAUGGAUUAUUGGCUAGGAAGAAACGUCGUAGAAGAUCGGGUGGACCCGAUCCAUGUGAAGGAGAAUACGUCGAGAACUAUCUCAAUCUUCCGCACAUUCAAAACGCUUUCCAUGCUAACGUCACCAAAUUAGCUUAUCGAUGGGAGACUUGCAGUAAACUCAUUGUCAAGUGGAAGGAUAGCCCGUCAACCAUGUUUCCGAUAUACAAAAGGCUAAUCGCCUUGGGUCUUCGGAUACUACUUUAUAGUGGAGAUGUGGAUGCGGUCGUUCCUGUCUCGGGCACACGAUAUUCGAUCGAUGCCAUGAAUCUUAAAGUGAUCAAACCUUGGCGUUUUUGGACGGAUGCUACCAAACAAGUUGCAGGGUAUAAAGUCGUCUACGAUGGGUUGACAUUUGCUACGGUUCGAGGUGCGGGUCACGAAGUGCCUCGUUUUCAACCACACCAAGCGUUUGCUUUGUUAAAGAUGUUCUUGGCCGAUCGCCACUGAAAACAAACACCAACGAUCGACCAUUGAUUAAUCCAAUCCUGAGUGAAUCCAAAAUUUACCGAUAAAAAUCAUAGGUGUUCUUGGAUGCGUUUUCGAUCCAAUGAGUCAAAGCUAAAGUUCGAUUAGUCUGUCUUUUGUUUUACGGCAAAUUGCAUAAUUAUAAAGUGAAUCUGUUCUAUUUCGAUUCCUA